CAGAAACUAACUGUUAACGUAAGGAUGACGGAAGAAGAAACAAAUAAGAAGAGCGUUAUUUUCGCAGUUGGAAAUAAGAGAAUCAUUUUCUCCAAUUCUUGUGUUCCCAUUUCGCUUGAAGACGUCGAGUCUAUAGAUGAUAAAGAUGAAGAGGAUGAAAUCGAUUCUGAACCAACAACAUCACCUAAGGCCACCAGCAGAUCAUGCUCACCAACAGCUUCUCCUUAUAAGGAUGACAAUUCAUGUUCGCCAUCAUCUGCUUCCAAAGUAGAUUCUGAUCAUGAUGAUGAUGUAAGUCCUCAUCAAAGGCAUGGGUUCUUUGAUAAACUUAAAAUGGGGUCCUCAAGCUUACAUGGAUUCCAUCCUACCUUGCAUUCUAUCAAGAGGCUGACUCGGAAAAAGAGCAGGAAAUUAACCAAAACCAUACCAGCAUUACCUCCUGACUUAGACACCGAGUUGCAUUGUUUUGAGGCAUCAUGGAUCAAUUUUUCACUCGCGGAUCUUAAAUCUGCAACAGACAACUUUAGCCGUGAAAACUUAAUUGGAGAAGGCGGGUAUUCUGAAGUUUACAAGGGUCUAUUGAAAGAUGGGCAACUUGUAGCAGUAAAAAGACUAUUCAGGGGUACACCAGAGGAGAUGACUUCGGAUUUUUUAUCCGAAUUGGGAAUUCUAGUUCAUGUCAAACAUCCAAAUAUAUCUCAUGUUAUUGGCUAUGGAGUUGAAGGCGGGAUGCAUCUUGUCCUUCCUUUGUCUCAAUACGGAAGCUUAGCAUCUCUUCUUACUGGUCAGAAAGAGAAACUAGAUUGGGAUGCGAGAUAUAACAUUGCCAUAGGCACGGCUUCGGGUCUUUCUUAUCUUCAUGAAGGUUGUCAACGGAGAAUUAUUCACAGGGAUAUCAAGGCGGCUAAUGUUUUGUUAUCGGAGGAGUUUGAACCUAAGAUUUCUGAUUUUGGGUUGGCAAAAUGGCUGCCAGAUCAAUGGUUGAACCUCGCGGUAUCACAAUUUGAAGGGACAUUUGGCUACCUUGCUCCCGAGAUAUUCAUGAAUGGUUUAAUCGAUGAGAAAACUGAUGUGUUUGCUUUUGGGGUACUGUUGUUGGAAAUCGUCACCGGACGUCCUGCUCUGGAUGAGUCGCAGAAAAGUCUGGUUAUGUGGGCUAAACCUUUAAUCGCUUCAAAUGAGUUCAAAGAACUUGUUGAUCCACAACUUUCUGGCGCUUGUGACUUAGAGCAGCUAAAUUGCAUUGUGACAGCUGCUUCUUUAUGCAUUAAGCAUGUUCCAACCAAACGUCCUAAAAUGAGCGAGGUUUACAGUAUGUUAAAAAGCGGUCAAGGAGAUCAGAGCAUACUUGAUGGAAACAAUAAAUAUCAAAAGAGGCCUGCUUUUGAGAAGGGGAAAUCAAUGGAAAUAUAUGAGUCAGACUAUUAUUAGACUUGCUCCAAGACUAUCUAAGUCAUCAAAAGCCAGUUUGUGUUGAAACUUAAAUUUAUGUCAAUGGGUUGAUUAUAUCCUCCAAGAAAACUCUGAUAUUCUUGGAACCAUACAAUGACUAACACGGGUUGGCACUUGGAGUCAGGAAGCUGGAAAGAUAUUAACCGGCUAUUCUACUUCACUACAAGUACAUGGUAAAUCUAUAUGCUUUGUUUUCAUGAAUCAUGAAUGUAACGAGAUAAAUUGCUCUAGAAAUGACAAGAGCAUAGACUAUUUAUGAUCUAACUUUAGGUGA